UUUUGGCCAUGUUGGUGGUAUAUGGAUGCUAAAAGGAAUUUUGUUGUUGCUGUUGUUGUUGUUUCUUUCUUGUUACAGGCCAGCUGCUUCAAAGCCAUCUGGAACCAGAGAUUCCAGCAAGUUGUCAUUGGUGCUACCCAACUCCUUUGCUUCAGUGCCCUGAUCUCUGAACUAACAAAUCAGAAAGAAGUAGAAGCGUGGACCUAUCAUUACAGUACGAAAGCAUACUCAUGGAAUUUUUCCAGGCUAUUCUGCAAGAAGGAAUACACAGAUUUAGUGGCCAUCCAGAAUAAAAAUGAGAUAGCCUACCUCAAUGAUGUCAUCCCCUACUACAGCUCUUAUUACUGGAUUGGGAUCCGAAAGAUCAAUAAUAAGUGGACCUGGGUGGGAACCAAUAAGACUCUCACCCCAGAGGCGGAGAACUGGGCCGACAAUGAGCCCAACAACAAGAAAAACAACCAAGACUGUGUGGAGAUGUACAUUAAGAGUGAGUCAGCCCCCGGCAAGUGGAACGAUGAGCCUUGCUGGAAAAGAAAGCUGGCCCUGUGCUACAAAGCCUCCUGCCAGGACACGUCCUGCAGCAACCAAGGGGAGUGCAUCGAGACCAUUGGGAACCACACCUGCUCCUGCUACCCUGGCUUCUACGGGCCAGAAUGUGAAUAUGUCAGGGAGUGUGGAGAAUUUGACCUCCCGCCACGCGUCCUUGUGAACUGCAGCCAUCCCCUGGGAAGCUUCUCUUUCAACUCACGGUGCAGUUUCCACUGCCGGGAAGGGUUCCAGCUGAAUGGGCCCAGCGAGCUGGGCUGCCUGGCUUCUGGAACCUGGACGAAUAAGCCUCCGCAGUGUGUAGCUGUGCAGUGCUCUCCCCUCAAGCCUCCUGAACAAGGAAGCAUGACCUGUCUUCACUCGGCAGAAGCGUUUCAGUACCAGUCCAGCUGCAGCUUCAGUUGUAAAGAGGGAUUUGCAUUAGUCGGGCCAGAGAUGGUGCAAUGCACAGCCUCAGGGGUGUGGACAGCCCCAGCACCAGUGUGCAAAGCUGUGCAGUGUCAGCCCCUGGAAGCCCCCAGACAAGGAACCAUGGACUGUGUUCACCCAUUGGCUGCCUUUGCAUAUGGCUCCAGCUGUAAAUUUCAGUGCCAGCCUGGCUACCAUGUGAGCAGUUCAGACACACUCCAGUGCAUCGGCUCUGGCCAGUGGACUGCACCCUUGCCAGCCUGUGAGGCCACUUCGUGUGAGCCACUGGGGAGUCCCGUCCACGGAAGCAUGGACUGCUCGCCAUCCUCGGGAGAAUUCCGGCACAACACCAGCUGUAGCUUCCGCUGUGCUGAGGGUUUCGAGCUGAGAGGAGCUGACAUAGUUCAGUGCGCUGACUCGGGACAGUGGACAGCGCCAGCCCCUGUUUGUCAAGCUUUGCAGUGCCAAGAUCUUCCAGUUCCAAGCAAGGCUCAGAUGAACUGCUCCCACCCCUUCGGUGCCUUUCGGUACCAGUCAACCUGCAGCUUCACCUGUGACGAAGGCUGGCACCUGGUGGGGGAAAGUGUGCUACAGUGCUUGGCUUCCGGAAGCUGGAGUGCUGUUCCUCCAGAAUGCCCAGCCAUCAGCUGCCCACUGUUGCUAAGUCCUCAGAACGGAACAGUGACCUGUGUCCAACCUCUUGGAGCUUCCAGUUAUAAAUCCACAUGCCAAUUCAUCUGUGAUGAGGGAUUUUCUUUAUCUGGACCACAAAGACUGGACUGUACUCCAUCUGGACACUGGACAGGCUCACCACCGAAAUGUGAAGCUAUCAAGUGCCCAGAACUCUUUGCUCCAGAGCAGGGCAGCCUGGAUUGUUCUGACACACAAGGAGAAUUCAAAGUUGGCUCCACCUGCCAUUUCUCUUGUAACAAGGGCUUUAAGCUGGAAGGUUACAACAAUCUGGAUUGCACUACUUCCGGAAGAUGGUCAGCACCUCUGCCAACCUGCAAAGGUAUAGCGUCUGUUCCCGCUCGGGAGGUUCGAUGCCCAGCUCUCACCAGUCCCGAGCAGGGAACCAUGUCCUGCAGGCAUCAUCUGCAAACCUUUGGUUUGAAUAGCACCUGUCACUUUGGAUGCAAAGCCGGCUUCACCCUGGUGGGAGACCGCACUCUGAGCUGCAGGCCUUCAGGACAAUGGACAGCAGUGACUCCAGCCUGCAGAGCUGUCAAAUGCUCAGAACUGCACGUUCCUCAGACAGUAAUGAUGAACUGCUCCAGCCUCUGGGGUGACUUCAGCUAUGGAGCAACCUGCACCUUCCAUUGUCCAGAGGGUCAGCUACUUAAUGGCUCAGCAAGAACAGAAUGCCAAGGGAACGGCCGCUGGUCAACUACCGUGCCAACCUGCCAAGCAGGACCACUGACUGUCCAGGAAGCCCUGACUUACUUCGGUGGGGCAGUGGCCUCUGCCACAGGUCUGGCGAUGGGAGGGACACUCCUGGCUCUGCUAAGAAAGCGUUUCAGACGAAAAGGUAAGUAGGCAAAAGUCUUCUCCUUGCUUUCUUUUUUCAUGUGAUUUGGGGUGGGGCAGUAAAAACCACAACUUCAGGAGUUCACAUGGUGAAACAUUUGCAUUAAGAGAAAACAAGGUCAAGAUAAAUGAUCAUAAGAACUGACUGCCCUUCAGAAUCACUUGGGAAACUGUUUAACGUACAUAAAGAAACACUGUGUCCCUUAGACUGUUC